UAUGCUCAGGGAAAUGUGAUGGAAAAUAGAUAUUUACAAGCAACAGAGGAGUCUAACAAGUGCAUUGCUGAAAAUGCAGUUUUUCCUUGUUUUUGAAUUAAAAGAAUCUGGAUUUUAACUUUCUUUUUUGGGAUCCUUUUUGUUUUUCUUUCUGCAAAGCAAGACACAAUCAUGCACUUGGUCAAAGUUCCUUGCAGUGAGAGCUCUAACCCCAAGCAACGGGGUGUGCAAAAACAGGAUAAAAUCCCUUCAAAGUUUCAAAGACCUAGCACAGGUCAAAAAGUGUAUCCAUCAGGUAUGUGCUGGAGCCUGAGGUCAAACGAAGCAGUGGAACUGAAACAUUUCAAGCAGUUCCUAAUCGUGCACACGCAGUCCUUGCAGGAAACAGUCAAAGCAGAGACUGGAAUGCUGUACAGGAAUCUGGGAAAAUCAGGACUUAGAGUAUCGUGUUUGGGUCUUGGAACUUGGGUUACAUUUGGAGGUCAAAUUUCAGAUGAGGUGGCUGAACAGCUAAUGACAAUCGCGUAUGAAAACGGAGUCAAUCUUUUUGAUACCGCGGAGGUCUAUGCAGCUGGCAAAGCUGAAGUCAUAUUGGGGAAUAUCAUCAAGAAAAAAGGCUGGAGGAGGUCAAGUCUUGUGAUAACCACCAAGCUGUACUGGGGAGGAAAAGCAGAAACAGAGAGAGGUCUUUCCAGGAAACACAUUAUUGAAGGGUUAAAAGGCUCUCUACAGAGACUGCAGCUCGAGUAUGUAGAUGUUGUCUUUGCAAAUCGACCGGACAGUAAUACCCCAAUGGAAGAGAUCGUUAGGGCAAUGACAUACGUGAUUAACCAGGGAAUGGCCAUGUAUUGGGGAACAUCCCGAUGGACUGCAAUGGAGAUCAUGGAGGCCUACUCAGUAGCAAGGCAGUUCAAUAUGAUCCCACCAGUGUGUGAACAGGCUGAGUAUCACCUUUUCCAAAGAGAGAAGGUUGAGGUACAGCUUCCAGAGCUCUACCACAAAAUAGGUGUUGGCGCAAUGACCUGGUCUCCUCUAGCCUGUGGAAUCAUCACUGGCAAGUAUGAGAAUGGAGUUCCAGAGACUUCGAGGGCUUCUAUUAAGUCCUACCAGUGGUUGAAAGAUAAAAUUGUGUGUGAUGAUGGGAGGAAACAGCAAGCUAAACUGAAGGAUCUUUCGCUGAUAGCAGAACGACUUGGAUGCACAUUACCCCAGUUGGCAGUAGCCUGGUGUCUACGUAAUGAGGGUGUAAGCUCUGUCCUUCUGGGAACAUCCAAUCCAGAACAGCUUACAGAAAACCUUGGGGCUAUACAGGUACUUCCAAAGAUGACCUCUCACAUUGUAGGAGAUAUUGACCAUAUAUUGGGGAACAAACCAUACAACAAGAAGGACUACAGAUCCUAAAGUGAGGAAAUGGUGGCUGAUUAAAAAACAAAAGUACCCAAAUUUACACCACCUGAUCAGUAUCUGGUCAUUGCAACUCCCAGCUAUCCUGUGCUCAGUCUGCAAAAUGCUGGGCUCCUGUAGAUGCAUGCUCUCUCUAAAAUAAAUGUGCCUAAAUUAUAAAAAGCACAUCUCAAAAGAUUAAAAUCUAAUCGAUAGAACAAGGAUAUUCUUGUAUUUUCUUAAAUCUAUAAACUUCUUAUACUGCAGUUGGCUUCUUUUCAUUAUCACACAAUGUAAAAUGUAAAUAUUUAAUAACAGCAGAAAUGUUUCUUUGCUUGUGUAUACUGUAGCUAUGAAAAUUAAUAUUUCCUUAGACGCUACGGUAGGAUAGUAUUAGACACACCUGUUUUGAGGAUGUUAAGAAAACAGUGAAUCUGCUUUUCUGGCAGUGGAGGGGACGUUGAUUUACUGAUUGCUUUCCCCAGUGCAACAUUGUUAUUACAAAAUAAGUUACAAUCAGUCAUAAAAUGGCAAUCAGACCAGACAAUGGAAGAAAUUCAUUAACCCUUUCAUCUAUUGCAGCAAGCUUUGUACAUCACAGAUGCAGAAAACAAAACAUGAAAAGCUUGUCAUUUUAAUUCUAUUAAUACUAUGUCUAUUAUUAAUGUGUGUUGAUACAUAAGAUAAAACCGACCAUAUGUUUAGCCUGCGUAGAUUAGAAAUCUGCCUUGUUCUAGAAUGGUUUUCCUGAAAGCUGCAGUAUGGAUUGUUACUGUAGCAGUGAGAGUGUAUCAGAAGCAUCGAUAUUAAGAACCCAAAGACCAACUUUAUACAAAUGUAUGAAUAAUGCUUGUUUUCGGGCUUUUGGCCAAGCAGUACUGCAUGUUGAGGUAUGUAGAUGGUUCUUGCAAAAGUAAUUUAAGGUUUCCUGUUAGAAUCAUUUUAACCUUCCCCUAAGGGAUAACUGAACCACAUCUUGCAGUAUUUAUCAUAUAGCACACAGUAGAGAUGCAAUUGUAUAUAAACUUUGUUCUGUAAUUCAUACAGCAGCACAUUGAGCAAAAGUGGAUUUCAAGCUUUACAGAGCACCCUGCUGUUUAAGAGACACUUUUUUUUUUAACCUUUGCUGUAUCUUGUGUUGUCAUAUGCUUAAAUUAAAACUGAGAAACAUGUUCCCUCCUAAUUUAACCCAUGAUGUGUGAAACAAAAAUAUAACAGCAAUCAAGAUUGUUGAAAUAAUGUGUCUCCGAUAUGGACAACAGUUACAGCAAAGGUUAAAAAAUGCUCUUGUAAACACUGCAGGAUGUUCUGCAACACUAAUAAAUACUUUGUUAUUUGAAUACCUGGUGUUUAUUUAUUUUUUUACAUCUCUUGUUGACUUGUGCUUAUUUAAAUACUUUAACCAUAAUCAUUACCAUACUUGCCCCAUUUACAGUUUUGGAGCAAAAAAAUAAGUAACAAAAAUAAUUUAUAUCAACUGUCAAUACCUUGAGCAAGCACAUAGAAAAUGUCACUGGUUAUUACAUAUUUCACAGAAAUAGGGUUUGCUACAUUUUUAGAUUUUUUGCUCAUACAUAUAGUUAAAUAUUUUGGUACUUUCAGCCUACUAUAUAGAGUGCCUUGAUUGAAAACUAUUUAUGCCAGCAUAAAUGAACGCUCUGUGGCAAUGGUAGCUGACCUGGUUUCCA